AUGUCAUUGGAUGAGGAUGGCAUGCAGCUGUCAUUCGAAGCCUUUGCGCCCGUCCUCCCUGGUCUGAUCGGGAAGUUUGGCGAGCUGCUGAACGAUUUCCACUUCAACGCAAGCGAAGCUCUUGGUCCAGAGUUUAACUGGACAAAGCAGGAACUGUUCGACACAUAUUCCACCUACCCAGACCUCCCCGCCAAGUAUGCCGUGCAAGCUGCCAAAGUGCUGUUGACUGGAGAUGCCCUUUCACGGGAGGAGUCGAUAGCUGGAUUAGCUCUUGCAGACCCGACGGCAGUUGUGAGGUCUCUGGGGAACCUCAUCCUAUCAAAGCCCCUGGCCGUGGAUGUACUGGUAAUGGGCAACAUUGACGACUCGACUGCACGUGGGACCGUAGGCCAAAUUCUUCAGUCCAUUCGAGCUCCUCCUUGGGCUGCGCCUGUGCCGGAAGAGCCUCGAAGCCUCCCUGACGUGCAGCGCAUUGCGCUCCCAGCGCAACCUGUGGAGGUUCGUACACGAAAUCCUCGACAUGGGGAUCCCAAUGAUGUCGCGCUGGUCAAGCUGCUUGUGGGUUUGGCCAAUGUCGAAAACCGGGCCGCCUUUGGUGCCAUU